GUAACAGCCCCCUCAGCCCAGUCGGCAGCCCGGACAGGUGCCGGCCGGCGGGCCCUGACGUCACGGCAGCGUCGCUGGCGGCGCGGCGCGGGCGCUGUUUUGGCGCGAAGCGGCGGCCGUUGGCGGCGCCGGCCGGCAGUUGUCCGGUGGCGCCGGCGCCGAGAGGAGCGGGCCGCCGCGCGAGCGAGGGGAGCCAGUGGAGCGUGCGCCGACGGGAGGAACACGCGCACAGCCCCGCCCGGGGCGGAGCCUACGCAGGCGCGCUGCAGGAAUGCCGAGAGGGCCGCCGCCGGCCGUCGGGGCGACACCAGGCGCGCGCAGCUCGCCGCCGCUGCGGUCCGGCCGCCGUGCGCCGCUCCGCCUCUGACCCGGCAGCCAUGCUCAAACACAUCGCCGCCACCAGCGGCGGCACCAUGGAGCGGCGCCCGGCCAACGGCGACGUGCGCCACGCCAACGGCGGCCCGCAGCCGGCGCCGCGCCUCAACGGCACGCUGCCCAACAGGUCCAACUACCCGCACGUGCACAACGCCACGCUGCGCUCCAACGGCGGCGCGCACGGCUUCAACGUCAGCGCCUACAGCACGGUGAGCAAGCACUCUCAGACGAGCGGCAGCGUGAGUCCCGGGCAGACGGCCACCACGCGCACCACGGGCCUGGACCAGUCGCGCGAUCAGUCGCAGCCCAGCGUCGACAUCUCGGCGCUGACCGCGCUCAACGCCUCGGCGGCCACGCGGCUGGACGUGACGGGUCGCGGCGACGUGACGCUGCCGCCGCCGACCCCGGCCGCCGCCGCCGCCGCCGCCGCCGCCGCCGCCGGGCUGGGCCCAUCCAAACGGACAGACUCGUUCUGUGAGCGGCUGGUGCCGCCGCUGCCGCGCGACGCGCGCGUCAAGCGCAUGCUGUGCUGCCUGGGCCUGCUGUGCCUGUCGUCGCUGCUGCUGGCCAUCCUGGCGUCCAUCUUCCUGCUGAAGGUGACGCCGCUAGACGUGGACGAGUUUUCGCACCUGAUCAGCGGCUACCGGCGCGCCGUCGACGCCCAGCAGUACAUCAAACUGUACGAGGUGACGGUGGCGCUGUCGGCGCUCAGCGUCUGCCUCAACCUCUGCUGUCUGCUCGUGUGCGCCAUUCAGUUUGUACUGUGCAUCAAGCUCUCCAAGCCGCCGGGAAACGAUGACAGGACGGGUGCGUACCUGCAGGAGUCGUCUCCGUCCCGGGUGUUUGCCAUGGUUGGCUACUUUCUCUCCAUCCCAGUGUUCCUCACGGGUGUUGUUUUGUACACGUUUCUUCACUUUCACUCGACGUCGGCGAUCACGACGAGCGUGUUCCUCGGCCUGGGUAUUCUGUUCUGCGGCGGCGCCACCGCCCACAAUAUCGCCGUCUGGCACCGGGUGAAACAUAAUCGCCUGGCCCGACAGCGAGCCGUGCACCUGAAGGCGUCGACGCCGUCUCGCGCGGAGCCCGUGUACGGGUGCCGCGACCCGGGCUCGCCGGGGAUGCCGGCAGCCACGCUGGACCUCAGCCGGCAGCUGGCCAACAUCUCAAACAUCCACGAACUCUCCACGCUGGUCUGACGGACGUGCGCGCGCGCCGAGAGACGGCCAGGACGUGACGUGGACGUGAGGCGGCUCAGAGAGGCCGAGCAGAGUUCAAAGUGAGCGGCGCGGGUGCCAGUGACGGCGGACAGCGCCGGGACGUCCGCGCUGUGAGACGGGACCAGUGCAGCGCGGCGAGUGGAGACAGGUCGAGCCGAGUCGACCGCGAGUGUUCGUCGCCUGAUGUGGAGCUCAACAGGCCGGUCGGCCCCGUGCCGAGCGGUGCUGAUGGGGAGGUCGGCCGCGCGCCGACCGACAAUCUAGUCCGAGUGUUUACUGCCGAGUCGCACCGCGCCGUCAGUUUUCCUGAGCGGCGCGUCGCGGCCUGUCGCUACUGUUGUACAAUCGUUGUGUCGGGGUACAAGUGUUAGAUUUGUAUGCUAUUCGAAUACACCCCGUGUUAGUGUUUG